GUGUGUUUGGCUGAAACAGCGUCCUGUCUGAGGAGAGAAAUCCUACAAUAGUGUUCAGAGUUGACUUUUCUCUUCAAUCUUCUACUCUUUGAUGUUUAUAAAAUGUCCGGCUUUCAGGAUCUUUCAGUUUUUCCUGUGGGGGUCCAGCAGCUUUCAGUGAGUAAAGAAGCCGUCCCCACUGAGGAGGAGAGGAGCUCCAGUCUGAAUCAGGAGAUAACUGAGUCUCCACCUCUUAAAGGAGAACCAGAGGAACUGCAGAUAGGUCAGAAAGGAGAGCAUUAUUACCGACCAGAGAAUGAGGACAUGAUCAAGUUGACUUAUCUUCCUGUCCCUGUGAAGAUUGAAGAGGAUGAGGAGAAACCCCAGUCCUCACAGAUUCACCACACAAAGCCUGAGCAGAUGGAAGCAGGAGCUGAUGGAGCGGAAUGUGGCGAAGCAGAAGCAGCCAGGUCCUACAAACUAGAGAGAGAUUUACAACCAGAGACUGAGGUCAAGAGUGAAGACUCCUCUGGGGCUGAGACUGAUGACAGUGCUGAUUGGAUGGAGCCAACAGACCACCCGUCAGGUUUUAACUCAAAGGAAAACCUAAAAAAUAAGAGAAGGAAGACUGACAGGAAAGCACAUUGUGGCUCUGAGUGUGAUCAAAUUUUCAACCAUACAAGUAAUCUUAGAGAGCACAUGAGAAUACACUUAGAUGAGAAACCCUUUGGCUGCUCUGUUUGUAGUAAAAGAUUUUACCGAAAACAUAAUCUUACAUGUCAUAUGAGAAUUCACACAGGAGAGAAACCAUUUAGCUGCUCUGAGUGUUGUCUGAGAUUUAACCGCAGAGGAAAUCUGGACAGACACAUGUUAAUUCACACUAAACAGAAGCUCUUCAACUGCUUUGAAUGUAGUAAAACAUUUAGCUGUAAAAGUAAUUUGACCAUACACAAGAGAAUUCAUUCAGGGGAGAAACCCUUUGCCUGCUCUGUGUGUGGUAAAAGAUUUACCCAAAAUCAGCACUGGAAGGAACAUAUGAAAGGGCACUCAGAAGAAAAACCCUUCAGCUGCUCUGAGUGUGGAAAAAAAUUUGGCCUUGAAAGACAUUUGGCUAGACACAGGAGAAGCCAUUCAGGAGAGAAACCCUUUGCCUGCUCUGUGUGUGGUAAAAGAUUUGCUUACAAAUACAAUAUGAUGGACCAUAUGAGAACACAUUCAGAAGAAAAACCUUUUAGCUGCUCUGAGUGUGGUCAGAGAUUUAACCGCAGAGGAAAUCUGACCAAACACAUGUUAGUUCACACUAAACAGAAGCUCUUCAGCUGCUCUGAGUGUGGUAAAUUAUUUAACCGCAGAGAAAAUUUGACCACACACAUGUUAGUUCACACUAAACAGAAGCUCUUCAGCUGUGUUGAGUGUGGGAAAACAUUUUCCCGUAAAAGUACUCUGACCACACACAGGAGAAUUCAUGCAGGAGAGAAACCAUUUGACUGCUUAGAGUGUGGUAAAAAAUUUACCCUUAAAAGUAAUAUGACCACACACAGGAGAAUUCAUUCAAGGGAGAAACCCUUUGACUGCUCCGAGUGUGAUAAAAGAUUCACCCAUAAACACAAUUUAAAGACGCAUAUGAGGAUGCACUUGCAUUACAAACCUUUCAGCUACCCUGAGUGUGGUCAAAGAUUUGAAUGCAAUGCAAAUCUGAACACACAGGUUAGUUCACACUGAAAAGAAACUCUUCAGUUGCUCAGAGUGUGGUAAGAAAUUUCGACAUAGAAGUAAUUUGACCAUUCAACUCCUUGUCACUGUUCAGUGUGGUAAUAGAUUUACCCAAAAAGCUCUUCUUUCUCUUCUCCAUGCUUGGUGUGACACACACAGGCACACAACACAAAGGCUGA